AUGGCGACGCUAGCCUCGCGUCAAGACGACAUUGCGAAAAUGCUCGCGUGCAACACGCACCUUGGUACGAAAAACUGUGACUGUCUCGUGUCUCCAUAUGUAUUUAAGCGGAGAGCGGACGGUGUGCAUAUUUUUGACCUCUCGAAAACCUGGGAGAAACUGCAACUUGCAGCACGAAUAGUUGCAGCAGUGGACACGCCGGCAGACGUGGUGGCCGUGUCGGCGAGGCCGUAUGGGCAGCGAGCGGUGCUCAAGUUCGCGCAGUAUACAGGUGCGACAGCUUGCGCAGGCCGCUGGACGCCGGGUCAGCUUACGAACCAGAUGGAGCGGCGUUUCACUGAACCGCGUUUGUUGAUCGUCACUGAUCCACGCGUAGACGCACAGCCUGUGCGGGAAGCGGCCUAUGCGAAUAUCCCCACGAUUGCGUUUUGUGAUACAGACUCGCCUUUACAGCUGAUCGACGUCGCGAUUCCGUGCAAUAACAAGUCCAGGGCGAGCAUCGCACUGAUGUGGUACCUGCUUUGUCGGCAGGUGUUGCGCCUGCGCGGUGAAAUUCCCGCAACUGGCGACUGGGAUGUUAUGGUGGACCUCUUCUUCUACCGAGAUAUUGAAGAAGUGAAGAAGGAGGAAGAAGCGGCCGCGGCAGCACGAGAGGCGGAGGCAGCAGCGAUUGCGGCGGCGGCAGCAGCAGCAUCUACGGUUCCCGGUCCAGCUGAUAUGUUCUCUGGGGGAAACUUUGGCGAGAUGAUGACGAUGGGUGCAUACGCUGUUGGCCCAACGGAGUGGAGCGCCGCAGCAGUCCCGCAUGAAGCCGCUGUUUCGAGCUGGGAAGCGUCUGCUGGUGCGUUCGAGUCUGCGCUGCCUGGCGAAGCACCGACGUACCCUACGCAGUUCUAG